AUGUCCCGCCAUUUCCACACGUCGGCGCUUGCCGCCGCAAGAAGACGGAUCCCUCGCGACAUCAAGCUGAAACCUCCGAUUCUGCCCACCAUCAACAACAUCAGCGUCAAGGAAAACCAUCCGCUAUGGCAGUUUUUUCACGACAAAAAGUUCAUCAGAGAACCGGCCGAGGUGACGGCCACGGGAAGACCGUGGUCCGUCCAGGAGCUUAGACGGAAGUCCUGGGAAGACCUGCACAAUCUCUGGUACGUGUGCUUGAAGGAAAGAAACAAACUCGAGAGAGAAAUCUACAUCUUCCGUCAACAGUCAGACAACCCAGCAUCCCAAGAGUUUUUGAACCUGAAUGACAGCAUGCACACCACGAUGUGGAGAAUCAAGCAGGUUAUCACCGAGAGAGAAAGAGCGCUGGAAAACGCCAAAGAAGAGUUCAAAAAGUCCGGAGACCAGUAUCUGCAAGAAUUCAGAGAACGGUAUCUCCAGGAGGAGAGCGUCGAGACAGACGAGUGGUACGACCGUCUGGAGAGAUUGCAACAGGCCAUUUUUGGGAUUCCCGACAUUCUCGAGUCCGACUUCGAGGUGGACUACCGGUUUGUCCAGGGAGUUAAAUACAUGGGACAGCUCAAGUUCGACAAGUUUGCCGAACAGGUUGGUCGCCAGGACUUGGCUCCAAUCAGAGACGUUGCAGAACUGUUUACUCUGUUCGAAGAGAGCGCGAGCGCAGAGGGCGUGGCCGAGGCGUGUGCCAAGAUCGAGGAGUACCGCGAAAACGAGCUUGUGAUUCCUGCCUCCAAAGAGAUCCAGGUGGUGCAAGGGUUUGUCCAGGAGAAGAUGGAGCAGGACAACGAGCCGUUGGAGCAGGUUUCUGAGGAGGAGAAGUAG